AAAAGCAUCACUACUUCUCUCUCUAGGAUUCAUCGGAAACAACCGUCAUGCGCGAUCCAUUCCUCCCUAGCUUCGUCCUUAUUCCCUGAUUUUCUACUACUGAUAAGCCGGUUCCUUUGAUAUAGAUUUUGUUGUUUGUUAGUUUUUUCGUUUGAAAUGGCGAUCGAAGAGGAAGUGGAGAGUUGCGGUAGCAGAGCGACUGAGACCUUCUCUCAGGCCAAUCCGAGGCAACACAUGCAGAAACUCGAGGUGUAUAACGAGGUGCUGAGCAGAAUUCAGGAUUCGAACCACGAAGAGGCAAAUCUUCCCGGUUUUGAUGAUCAGCUAUGGCUUCACUUCAAUCGACUCCCUGCGAGAUAUGCAUUGGAUGUGAACGUCGAGAGGGCGGAAGAUGUGCUCACACACAAGAGGUUACUGAAACUGGUAGAAGACCCUGCUAACCGACCUGCAUUUGAAGUUCGUUUGGUGCAGGUUUAUCCCAUCUUUACUGGAGACUCUGGUGAUUCUGUCCAUUCAGAUGCUGCAAUGAAAGAGGAUGCACAAAGUUCUUCUAAUUACUUGAGCAGACAGGGAAUCCAUCCACCACCCACAUUUGGUUCAUCUCCAAAUCUUGAAGCACUUGCACUCCAAGCCAGCAGAUAUCACAUUGAAGAUGUAGACAGUGCCGUUCAUAUAGCACCGCAAGUUCUUCAGCCUAUGCAUGAGAUAACAUUUUCAACAAUUGACAAGCCAAAGCUUCUUAGUCAGUUAACUGCCUUACUUGCGGAGAUUGGGCUGAACAUUCAAGAAGCUCAUGCUUUUUCCACUGUUGAUGGAUUCUCUCUGGAUGUCUUUGUUGUUGAUGGCUGGCCCCAUGAGGAAACUGAGGAGCUCAAGAAUACCCUGGAAAAAGAAAUCCUAAAGUCUAAGGACCAAUGUUUCUUGAAACAACAUUCAGUUUCUCCCAUCAACGAACAUGAGAAAACAAACAUUGUAUCUCUUCCGGGCUGCAUAGAGAUACCUAGUGAUGGGACUGAUGUCUGGGAAAUCGAUACCAGACACCUCAAAAUUGAGAAGAAAGUUGCUUCAGGAUCUAAUGGUGAUCUGUACAAAGGCACUUACUGUAGUCAAGAAGUGGCUAUCAAAGUCCUUAAACCUGAGCGUUUCCAUGCAGAGAUGCUGGGAGAGUUUUCCCAGGAAGUUUAUAUAAUGAGGAAAAUAAGGCAUAAGAACGUUGUGCAAUUCAUGGGUGCAUGUACCCGGCCUCCAAACCUGUGCAUUGUGACUGAGUUCAUGGCUAAAGGAAGUAUAUAUGACUUUCUCCAUAAACAAAAGGGUUCAUUUGCGCUUCCAACUUUGCUGAAAGUAGCAGUUGAUGUAUCCAAGGGAAUGAGCUAUCUUCACCAAAAUAACAUUAUUCACAGGGACCUGAAAACUGCUAAUCUGCUGAUGGAUGAAAACGACGUUGUUAAAGUUGCUGAUUUUGGGGUUGCCAGAGUGCGGGCCCAAUCUGGAGUGAUGACAGCUGAGACUGGGACAUACCGCUGGAUGGCUCCAGAGGUGAUCGAGCACAAACCAUAUGACCACAAGGCGGAUGUUUUCAGUUUUGGAAUAGCUCUAUGGGAGCUUCUAACUGGAGAACUUCCACAUGCCUUCUUGACUCCAUUACAAGCAGCGGUUGGCGUGGUGCAAAAGGGACUACGACCAACUAUACCCAAGCAUACUCACCCCAAACUUGCACAUCUGCUAGAGAGAUGCUGGCAACAAGAUCCAACUCAAAGACCCAAUUUUGCAGAAAUCAUAGAUAUGCUUCAGCAAAUAGCCUAGGAGAAGAGGUGGAGAUCAAUCAGUCAUCACUACAUAUGCCGAGGAGUUGCCUUGCACGAACCCGGACCUGUAACCGCACAAGUGCAUGCAUACAAUGCAGGGCUAUCUGUGAUUGCUUCCGCACAUACAACCCACGAGCCAAUGCUUGCAGCUUUACCAGGCUCCGAAGUGCGCUAAAUGCUCGUCUAGCCUGUUCAUGGUAAGAUUUAAGAGCACGCAAUAGGAUUCAGCGUAAAUGCUAAAGUAGUAUUCAUAAAAUGUGCUAUUGAAGAGAGGUGUAAGGGCUUAUAGACUUACAAGAUGACCCCUGAAAACUGCUUGAAUUUUUAUGGCUGCAAUAUCUUCUUCGGUGAUCACAUUCUGCUCUUCCGCGAUCACAUUCUGCUGAGAUGAUGGAGUUGUGCCAUGGGUGAAGUU